AUGCCACGCUCAUCCGCUGCGGGUCGGAAGAAUCAGAACAAUCGGCACGAGAAUGGCCUCAUCGGUCCCGGCAAGAAAGUGACCAAGCAGAAAUCGAGUGGCCACCUCAACGGCUCGCCCGGCAACGGCAACGCCCCCGGCUCGGGCGCCGCUGCUCCCUUCGACCUAUCCUCGUCUCGUUCAAAUAGUGACUCCGCGGUCACUUCUCCGGUGGUCGCGGGUCAGGCGGGGGAUGGGUCGAAGGUGGACGGCAAUGUGCGUGGUCUGGUGAAUGGGCACAGCAAGGGUGUGGAAAUGGCGUGUGGGCAGGCCAACGGCACCACGCCGCAUAACGGCGGCAUGGUAGGCUCGGCCUCUCGCAAUGGCAGCGCGAAACGAUCCGGCUCCAAUUCCUCGAUCAAUCCACUUCAACUUGCGUCCACCAUACUCAAGUCGUGUCCAAUGUAUGACACCAUCGCCAUCUUGAUUUUUCUGCUACAGCUUCCACCAAUGGUCCUUACCCUCGUUCAAUUCCUCUUCGCGUCCUUGACAUUCAUGCCCCCGAGCGGUGCCGCCGCAGGCUCUCUGUCGUCGAAUUUCGAUAUUUUCCAGGGACCCGCCGGCACGCCUUCCCUGGGGACCAUGAUUGCCAUGGACGGGUUCUGCCUUCUUUUCUGGGGCCUCUUCAUGUGGACAUGGGCCCAGAACUUCGCAAUCGAUCUCGCUCACGUCCAAGUCGCCAUCACACUGGGCGGCGGAGGCUCCGGAAAGAACGGUGGGGUCAAUGCCUUGUGCGUCGGAAUUGUUCUGCUUCUUCAUAUUGUUCGCAGCAAGGGCAUACAAGAAUUUGUGAUGGGGCAUCUUGUAUCUGCCAAACUCAUUAGCCCUGAUCUUUUCUCGCAGUAUUCGAAUCUUCUACCCGCCGAGUUCCGACGAACCGAGUCUCAAACGUCCCCGAGUUGGCUGAGGAGCCUACUCGCCGUCCAUAUAUUAGCACAGGCCGGAACUGCAAUGGCGAGACGCUCGAUGGCCAGGAAUCGGUCUCCAACUCCACAGCGGAGCGGGAAGCGCGGAGAUACGGAGGCAUCGGCUGGCUCGCAGGGUCAGGCCGAUUCGGCCCUCGAGUCUGCCGCUAGCCUUUCGUCUUCUCUCGUGGGGCCGGAUGGUCAAUUUGUCAAGGACAGCAAAGACCGAUUAACUUCAGCUAAGAAACGAAGAAGACAGGCCAAUCAAGUCCGUAGCCGUCAGCCAUUUUGGGCCGCCCUCGCCAGUACAAAAGUUACAGUUAUGCGUGAAUACGAACACUCACGUGUGUUGUCAAAAACGGCACGCGGAUUGACAAUGAGCGAAGAUGAUUUGCAAGGGGUUUCUCUUGACGAUGGAUUGGUAUGGAUUACCGAUGUGGACAGCUCCACGAUCAAAUUUGCCGCCGGUGAUCUUGCCGACGAUGCUAUGUCGCCGAGCUCAUGCGAAGCUGGCCGGUUGGACGAAGAUACGGAACCAUUCUAUGUUUGUGUGAAUGGCGCUCUUUGGGCAACUGCGACAAUUUGUAGGGUUUCGGAUUCUUCGAAAGGACCCAGUAUAGUACAGUGGAGGGGUGAGAUUUCCGGACUUGCUCCGAAUUGUGCCUAUACCUGUUCCUUUAUCCGCAGCGAUACCGACGAGGAAAUAUGUGCUAUGAGUGUCAAGACUCCUGCAACUGCUGAUACCGAGCAAGCCGUUUCCGCGGUACCAACGCCCCCUCAGCCGCCUUAUCGUCCUUCAUCUCCCACGACCACGCUGAAGAACUCCAUCAUCAAUGCUGAGGCAAAAUUGAACGAGAAACGCUCUCGUUUGAAGAAAACGAAGAACGACCAUAAACUUCUCAUUUCAAAGAUCCGAAAGGAACUGGACAAUUUUAAUCAUCGGCUCCAAAGUGGGACGGACGAAAAUAGACAAAAACAGCGUUCGCUGCAACUGGAGCGUAAUAUUCGGCAGACAGAGGAAGCCACUGCGGUCUUAGAGGUCCAACUAGACAGCAUGGAGAACGUACCGGAAGAGGAGAUGGAACAAUGGUCUGCACACAAAGCUGAUUUCGACCGUGAACUUGAACUUUUUAAUGCUACCAAGGAAGAGCUUUCCGAAGCACGGCUUGCAGCAGCUCAGCAGGUGUCGACAUUGGAGCAGGACUUGAAUAUGGUUGUUCAAAAGCGCGAACGUCUUCAGAGUCGCCGUACGCGGGUCAAUGAGCAGUAUGAGCGCAUCAUCUCGGCCAAUGCUCAAGGACUAAAUGAACGAGAGCGACGCGCAGCUGAACAAUUUGCUCGAGAGCAGGACCAUGCCAAGAUGGAAGCCAACUUCCAUGAACAGUUUGGGAGCAUCAGUCAGUCUGUGCAGGACUUCCAGCUGCGGACCAGUCAACUUUGGCAGCAGGCCUCUGCGAUCGAGCAAUCCAUUCAGCAGCAACAGCAACAGAUGCUUCUGGAUUCUGGUCCCUUGACCCCGGAGGGAAACUUGCCAGGCACCAAUCCUAUGCUGGAGACUAUAACAACUUCCGCUCCUAGCGGCCGCGCGUUGCUAGGACUUAGUUUCCCCCGAAGUCUAGUCCUCUGCAAACUUCCUCAUCGCCCGUUCACGCUUCGUCGUCUCAUCCAACUAGCCCGUCAGUACGGCUCGGAGUUCUUCGAGUCUAACCGUCUGCCUCCUCUCCACUUUGACUUCUCCGAGUUGCUCAACGACAAGCAGCAGCGGCCCGUUUCAGAUGGGAACGGUUUCUUGUACCACGGUGGCCGUCCUAUUUUGAGUCCUUUUCAACGAGCCGCGAGUCGAGGCAGUGGAGCAGGCAGUGGGAGUGGUGGCAGUCGAAGUGGCAGCGGCAGUCCAAAGUCGGCACGCGAUUAA